UCUGCGGCGAGCGGGCGGGGACGUCUCCUCGGCCCGCCCACGGGCAAGGUCAGCUCGCAGCCCCCUUUUCUCGUAGAGCCGCGGGGGCGUGACUCCUGCAGGAGUAGAGGGACCGACAGGACCCCCUGGAUGGGGGUGGAGGCGCGGCCAUGCUAGUGGAAACGUACCCCGCCUCCAGCCUUUCCUUGGAGGGGGCCAAGCCACACAGACCCACUCCUCCCAUCCCCGUGCCCUUCAGCACCCAGACACCCACCUGGAGAGGACUGGGCCCGCCAGAGAUGGGGGGGAAAGAAGAGAAGGGCGCCCAGACCCUGAGCACCCCGCGCUCAUCCGAUGCGGUUCCCCCCGCUUCCAGGUGUAGCGCCCGGGCUCGGUGCCGGAGGCUGGGCGUCUCCAACAUGACCCGCCGGAGCCUGUGGGACGUGUCGGAGGCCAACGUCGAGGACGGAGACAUCCGCAUCAACGUCGGGGGCUUCAAGAGGCGUCUGCGCUCGCACACGCUGCUGCGCUUCCCGGAGACCCGCCUGGGCCGCCUGCUGCUCUGCCACUCGCGCGAGGCCAUCCUCGAGCUCUGCGACGACUACGACGACGUCCAGCGCGAGUUCUACUUCGACCGCAACCCCGAGCUCUUCCCCUACGUGCUGCACUUCUACCACACGGGCCGGCUGCACGUCAUGGCCGAGCUGUGCGUCUUCUCCUUCAGCCAGGAGAUCGAGUACUGGGGCAUCAACGAGUUCUUCAUCGACUCCUGCUGCAGCUACAGCUACCACGGCCGCAAAGUGGAGCCGGCGCAGGAGAAGUGGGAGGAGCAGAGCGACCAGGAGAGCACGUCGUCGUCCUUCGACGAGAUCCUGGCCUUCUACAAUGACGCCUCCAAGUUCGAGGGGCAGCCCCUGGGCAGCUUCCGGCGGCGGCUGUGGCUGGCGCUGGACAACCCCGGCUACUCGGUGCUGAGCCGGGUCUUCAGCAUCCUGUCCAUCCUGGUGGUGUUGGGGUCCAUCAUCACCAUGUGCCUCAACAGCCUGCCGGACUUCCAGAUCCCCGACAGUCAGGGCAACCCUGGCGAGGACCCCCGGUUCGAAAUCGUGGAGCACUUCGGCAUCGCCUGGUUCACGUUUGAGCUGCUGGCCAGGUUCGCAGUGGCCCCUGACUUCCUCAAGUUUUUCAAGAACGCCCUCAACCUUAUCGACCUCAUGUCCAUCGUCCCCUUUUACAUCACUCUGGUGGUGAACCUGGUGGUGGAGAGCACGCCUACCUUGGCCAACUUGGGCAGAGUGGCCCAGGUCCUGAGGUUGAUGCGGAUUUUCCGCAUCUUAAAGCUGGCCAGGCACUCCACUGGCCUCCGCUCCCUGGGGGCCACCCUGAAAUACAGCUACAAAGAAGUCGGGCUGCUUUUGCUCUACCUCUCCGUGGGGAUUUCCAUUUUCUCCGUGGUGGCCUACACCAUCGAAAAGGAGGAGAACGAGGGCCUGGCCACCAUCCCCGCCUGCUGGUGGUGGGCCACCGUCAGUAUGACCACCGUGGGGUAUGGGGACGUGGUCCCGGGAACCACAGCAGGGAAGCUGACCGCCUCUGCCUGCAUCCUGGCGGGCAUCCUAGUGGUGGUACUGCCCAUCACCUUGAUCUUCAACAAGUUCUCCCACUUUUAUCGGCGCCAAAAGCAGCUUGAGAGUGCUAUGCGCAGCUGUGACUUUGGAGAUGGGAUGAAGGAGGUCCCUUCUGUCAAUUUAAGGGACUACUAUGCCCAUAAAGUUAAAUCCCUCAUGGCGAGCCUGACAAACAUGAGCAGGAGCUCGCCAAGUGAAUUAAGUUUAAAUGAUUCCCUACAGUAGCAGGGAGGACUUGUCCUCAAAUCCACGUUGUUGAGCUGCCUCUCGGGCCUCUGGCACAGUCCAGGCACCUUGGGGUUGUGGCAUAAGGAGUAUGGCCAGCCCCAGAGGGGAGAGAUGCAUGGGCAUUGCAUCCAGGUUGCUUCUACAGUAGUUAGAAUCAUUUUUAGAGGGUGGUGUGCCUGGCACCAUGCCUUCGCGCCUUUCAGUGAAAUGACACUCACUGGUGUUGGCAUCACGGGCAUAACAUGUUCGCCUUUCUGCUGGACGAAUACCCCCCAGAAUGCUAACUUUUCUGUUCACCGUGUUCUCGAGUGCUCGUGGUCCAGUACUGUCUGUGAGGUUUCUGUGCUCUUUUUCUAAGGUUGUCAUGUGAGAUCUGUACAAAAAGCCCCUACAUGUCUGUCCAGUGGAAACACAUCUAUGGGGUCAGCAAGGAUAUGACGGGAUUUUGCUCACGUCACAUGAAAACAAAAUCUCAGUUUUUUUAAUUCAUUGCUUUCAAAACAAAGAGAAUGUGAAGUUAAGCACAUGCCCAAUGCAAGUCUGUGAGUUGUGUUAUGAAUGAUCGUAGCUCUGGGACUUGCAUGGGUACCUGGUCACCUUUAGAACACUGUGCGUUGAUGUUCAUCUCUUAAAUGUUGCUCUUUAGAGAAUGUUACUCUGUUAAACAUGUAGUGAAGAUAGAAAUUUUUUCCCUAGAACAGCUGCUUUAGGGACAGGGGCUUCAACUAAACAUAGGCCAGAUUGUAGGAUGCUUGCAGACUUUUCAAAGGCGGGCCUCUGUCUUUCCUAGGGUGACCGUGCAGGCAUUUAUUUCUGGCUGAGGUUCCUGGUCUAGCCCAUUUGACCAAACUUUGCUGCGUCUUAGAUAUUAGCAUGUUUUUGAAGUAUUUAUUUUUUAAAAUGUUUAGAAAUAAGGUCGAAUUGUCUUUUUCCACUAAAAAGAGGUUUACCGUUGUGUUGUUUCCCUGAGGAACAUUGUUGGGUUGCUAGCAAGGCCAGUAGUUUAGAAAUCUUGUUGCCUGUUCUGCAAGCUUGUAAAAUGAGGGCCCUUUUAUUCCCAAGCAGAGUUUACUUAGGUAAUUUUGCUUCUAGGAUAUAGUAUGCUACAUGCAAUGCUGUAAUUUCCUUGUUAUGACAUGGAAAUCUGGUGGCAUGGAAGUGUGUACUCAAAAUACAGAAAUGCAUGAAAGCUGUGUUGUUUACCCAGGAUGGAAAUACUACAAUUCCUAUUUCCAUUUCAACUGCCUUUUGUUGGAGGAGGGUGGGUAGAGGACAGAAAAAGGAAAAGAGCUGUAAAACAAAACAUUGCUACUCUCAUAAACAAUUGUAAAUGUCUUGAAAAGCGCAAUGCUAUUUAAAAGGCCUUUAAACUUCUAAAUUUGUGUUGAAGGCUGAGAGCUCUUUCUUUCUCCAAAAUGCCUUCCUUCUCCCUCUCCUCCUCCUCGUCCUCCUCCUCCUCUUCCUGUUAAUUGGCAUAUAACAUUGUGAAGGGGAACCUGGGCCCCUGUGUAAGAUAGUUCUCCAUUAUCUUCUAGGUAAUCAGAUGGUUUUACAGUUGGCUUUCAUUAUGGUUCGGUCUUUGGAAAGGCUGCAAAAUCCAGGAGUCUAAGCAUGGAGUUAGGCAGGUGUUUUAUCCACAGCUUGGGCCUUCCCUGAGCAGAUCCAUUUUGUGUCUUAGUUGAAAGUAAUGAAUACCUCAUGGGAGUGUGGUGAGGAUCUUGUCAGAAGGUUUUGUGUACUUGUAGUUGCUAUGGAUACUACGGUCCAGGUGAUUUGUUGGAUGAAUGCACUAGUCACAUGUGCCCUUGAGUCCCCAGUUCAAAUCCUUCCAUCAGACGAGCUUUGUGGCGGGUGGGGCGGUGACCAUGUCCUGGUGCCUGAUGGUCUACCAUCUCCAUCUGUUUCUCAGAAGCAGGAAAUGGUGAGAUGACUUAGGGGCAAUGGGCCACCCAGUUGGAAGAGCAGGGUUAUUUUUCAGAAUCUACACAUGGAGUAUUUGGCUUGGGCUGAUGUUUCCAGCACUGGAAGGCAGAGAAUUUACAAAAUCAGCCUUAGCUGCACUGAAGGAAAUUGAUGCUACAAACUUGUGAGGACUCUUCAGUUUGCCAAAACGGGUGGUCUCAGGUCACUGAGCGUGGUUGCUAUUGUCACUGACCAUAAAGUUUGUGAAAAGUAGGAGGCAGAGGAGCUCAGUCGCUCUCAUGAGUAUUUUUCUAAACAGGCGGGCUUUACCACCACAAAAGAGAUACCCAUCGUGGUCACUCUUGGCAGAUGUGAAAGCUGGAAUACUUGACUUUUCAUUUUGGUAAUGACUUGCAUUAAUCUGGUGCCUUUCAUUAGGGGAAUCCCAAAGUGCUUUAGAGACUGUCUUUUUAACCUCUUGUACAUAGACAUUCUUGUAUAAAAUUUUACUUUGCCCAUCCUGGAAUUUCAGUCACUUUUGAGCAUGAGACUGUCCUAAUAGCAUUGAGUUCUCCAAGUGAUGGUUUCAGAUAAGAGGGAGAGAGAACAACUCAGCUGGCUUGGACAUGAGGUGAUUCCCACUAAGGAUGGAGACUGAACUGUGAGCCUGGAAUGAAUAACCUUCCUCUCCCCGCGGGUACCACCAAGGUGUGAAGGUCCCAGGUGCUCCCAACUGGGCUUUAAUGGAUCUUGCUAGACAACAUCUUACACAGCCAUCUUCUGCUCCCUGGAGCUAAUCUGGGAGGGUCAGGGUGAUUCUCUGCUCUGUUCCUGGAGUUAAGAAUAUGCCUAUGAAAUGACGUCAUUGGCCACCAGGCUGUCAGACUGACCCACAAACCUCCUUUGGGGCCACAGCAGAAGCUUCCGACCACUUACCCCAGCUGCUGGCUUGACAGCAGCUUCCCUCCCGACAUUUGGAAGUUGUUCUUUUCAAUGCUGUUGUGGGGAAUGUACACGCCAGGCUUUUCUCACAAUGUAUGUGAUGAGCAUUUUGAAAGUGCUGUUUGGGAAGUGAUACUAUGUCUUCAUUGUGUAGACACAUAUUCCUUAUAGGUUUGUGUUUCUGCCAAACCCCCACAUUUCCUGGGUUUGCUACUGAGGAGGGGCAUGUUGUAAUGCCAAGCCGAUUUGUAGCUCCUGGGGUAGUAAUUGGUGUUUAAUAUUUGGAUUUGUUAUUUCUACUUCUCUUAGUCCCCAAAUAAUUGAACUACCUGCUAAUUCUUGCCUCAUUUCAGAGAAAAUGAUCUGUUACGCACUUUGGGAUAGCAGUGAUCUGUACGGGCUUGUGUGUUAUCUCCUUGAAGGCUAACUGGUAUUUCUUGUAUGUUUUAACAGCAUGACUUGUCGCAGAGUUGUAAUUUAAAAAUUGAGAACACUGCCUUUGCCAUGUUGGUUUGAACACUCAUUAACGUACCACUGUGCACGCAUUGACGUGGCCGCUGCUCCGUCGUAUCUGAUGACUUACUUCAGGCUCCGUGCCUGGACUCGGUGAGGAGGAACACACACUUGGGACUCCAUCUCUGAGUAUGCAGAUUAAAUAGAAAAAAGUGAUUUAUGCUUCCAUAAGGCACUUCAGUUACAUACGGAGUGGCAAACACAAGGACGUUCAACGCAGGGGACUGGCUUCCUGAGAAAGGCUGGGCCUUGUGAGCACUGGUUGGGAAGGAGGAGCUGUUAUUCACUCUUUGCAGGCACAGGGAGCUGGGCCCCCAUUUUUUGCCAGGAUCUAGAGCCACGAUGCCGCUUUGUAGAAGGAACGGUCACUUAUUCUUAGAGCCUGUGUGAAACGCACCCCCACUGCCUUGCUCAGCACCAGAGAGGGGCCUGCCAGGGACAGCCCCGCCCCCCUGGGUGCCAUUCCCCCUGCUGCCCUGGCACCUUCCUGACAGUAAUUUGGGCACUGGGUAACUUGAGUGUCCUGGCUGGUUUGGUGUGGGUGAUGCUGGUGGAUACACAGAACCAGCCCUCAGCACCUACUUAACCCACUAGCGACUUAGACUCUGAGCCAUUCCAGAGGCCACGGCGAAUCUGUGGGAAGAUCGCUGGCUAACUGGCUCUACUCCCGCUCAGGCCUUCCAUUCUGUGACCUUAGGGCAUCACUUGGCCUCUCAGAGCCUUAGAUCCCAUUGCUGCCAAAUGAGAAGCUUGGAUGAGCUCAUCCUUAAAGCCCCACCCAGUUCACAUCUCCAUGUAAAACAGAAUUUCUGCAUGUCUCUACAUCCUCAUUACAGCAGCGAGCAGAUCCCGAAUCCACAAUGUAUCUGUAAGCAGAGCAGAGGGGCUGCUCACACACAACCUGCUGGCUUCCAUUUCUCUCUUCAAUAGCCAACCACACAGACACCAGUUUCAGGGACAACGAUACCAGAGAAAGGCUUGGGCUGGUGCCUGUGCCAGGGGAAUAGUUUUAAAACAAUCAACGAGGGUCUCCUUUGGGCUUUAGACCAUUUACACCUAAUCCAAGAUCCUGUUACUAAAUAUUAUUAGAGAGGAAAGUCACAUUGAUCCCAUUUGGCUGCAGGACGAGCACUUCGUCUAUUUGUGUUUGUUCCCUUAGUAAGGACUGGAGGGUCCCCACCCCUGUUCCCAAGAGGUUAUUAGGCCCCAACCAGGGCCCCAUAAGUGCACGACGUCAGCUGGGUCUUUCCCAUCGCAAACUUAAUUCUCACUGAGGACUGGCAUCUGCAGGUGUCUGCUCUGCGUAAUCAGCAGAAGGGCACAGUGACCUGUGUUAACUCUGUCCCUGGUCUCACAGCCGCUGAGAAAGGGCAGCAUGGGGCCUCUGUGCAGCCCGAGGGGGCACAUGAGGUUGCCACCAAGUGGGGUCGAGCGCAUCUCCUCCCUCCACCGGGUAUACAUGGAUGUUCAGGGAUAUUUUGGGCCAGGAUGCAUCUUUAAAGGAAAAACAAACAUCUCGUCCUGAGGGAAGAACUUAAACACUGCACUCACAUGGUCAUGAUCUCCUAUUCUUUUUAGGAGGACUUUUGUCUGGCGUCUCUACCCAAGGACCUUAGCUGGGUGUCACAGCCAGUUGGUCUGAAAAUCUGCACGUUUUCCUCCUUCUGUGACCUCACUUGUCAAUAUCACCAUCUUCCUGGAUAAGUUCUCCAAAGCAAUGACAGUGUCUGCAGGUGACACGCCGAUGCUCUUAGAAUAUAGACGUAAAGCCUCAAAGACAAGGCCAAGGGGAAAGAGGUACAACAAGGAGGAAAGAGGGCAGCUGUGCCCAGAGCUGGGGCGAGCUCCUACAGAAGUUAAAGGGAGAAGGAAGAAGCCAGGAAAGAGAAAAGAGGGCGCAGAAGGACAGCGUGAAUAAAAGAAAAGGCAGAGAGCAAUGAAGGGAAAUGAGACAAUAAUGUGGGGAGAAUAAGAGAGUAUGUUUAGCGAAGUUAUUUUAGGUCUUUUGUUGAAUUCAUUUUAUUUUCAGUAACACCCGCCAGAGGCCUCCUGGGAGGUAGCUACUGCUGGAGUCAACUUCCACCCUCUCUACCUGCCACCCCAAACUCCCUCACCAGCGAAGGAUGCACAGUCUGGUAGAACAGAUAUACGGAGACUACUCAAAGCCUUUUGGAUGAAGAGGGCAGGAAGGACACAAGGAAAGGAAGGGGAAAUGCUUCCUCUUGAAGAUGAGACUUCUGGGUUAUAAACAGAAAGAGGACCAGGUGUUGGCCAGGCAUGGGUGGUGUUAAUUAGGGUUAGGAACAGAGAGAUGGAGGGAAGAGAAAGGGAAGACACCUUCACGAACAGGGACCUACACAGGCAAAGACCAGGAGGCCCAGGCAGGCCAGCAUGUGUGAGGCACAUGUAAGGCAGUGUGGCUGAAAAGAAGCAGGGCUCACACCGUCCGGAGAAAAGCCACGGACAGGGCUCGGGCUUCUUUCUUUGUCACUGGGUGGAACACCCUGACCACAUUAAUGCCUGUGGAACGUGACUCUGGCAGCAGCUUGGAGGCGAAGGGGAGGCCAGCAGACCUAUUUGAGGUCAUUGCCAUAGUGCAGGUUGAAUAGAAGGGAGUGGGCUGGAGAGGAAGGGGCAGAGCCAGUUGCCAAGGAGACAGACUCUCUAGGCUCCAUCACCAACCAACCAGAUGUGGAGAUGAGGAAGAGGGAGUCCUGGGAUAGGCCUUUGGGUUUCUGACUUAACUGGUGACUGGGUGGAUGGGUGGAUGGUGGUGCUACAAAGAGAGACGGGGAACACUUGGCUCCCCUUCCCAAGACUGAGCAGUGUUGCCUACAUGCCUGGGGGACACAGACAGAGGUGUGUGGAGGGCAGAGGGAAGCCUGGGACCAGAUCAUCAACUGAGCGAUGGAGAUGAGACCAUGAGUGAGGUGGCCCAGGAAGGUACA